AUCGCUUGCCUUGGCCACCCCCUGGUUGCUGCUGACAGCCUACCUUGACUGCCCUGAAUAUUAUUGGAUGAAUUGAAUUCGUCCCAAGGGAUCGGGCAGGCUAAGCACGAGGCAUGACCACUGCAGCGGUCUCAUGAAAAGGAGUCGCCCCGUGCCGUUUUUCUUUGCGGGGGCCCUGUCUGGACUUGACCGGUACAGCCGAGAUCUAUCGAACCUCCUGACAGACACAGAAGAGAAUCUCUGCUUUCACCCGCCAUGCAUUUCCAAAGAAGAAAAGCAGACGGUUCCGGCUCGAAGACCGAUUCGCUGGGUCGGGGCGGGGUCGAAUUGUUCGCCGUUUUGCAACCGUUCACUGACACAAACUCAUACAAAUUAUUUUUGGGUCUUGAUGGGCCCGGGCGGGGCGGCCCUGGGACUGAGGACGACCGAUCUAGACCUCAGAAAACGAUCCUUAUAUCCGCCACAUGAUCCUGCAUGGGUUCAUCAAAAUCGUCCAUUUUACAUACAUAGCGGGGAGGUUGGGUCAUACAUUGAUGCGGGCGAUUUUACGGUACGAGAUAUCUCUCUCAGUUAUACUUAUUGUUAAUUUCUUGCUUUGGUUUGAUCCUUUUACUUAUCAUCCCUGGCUAGACAUGAACACACAGACGGGAAGGGAGCGAGCUCUCUACGGAAGAGCGAUUGGGUGCGACAACAAUCGCAUUCCGUCGAUUACAUCCCACUAUGCGAUGCUUCGUUGGAGUGCUUGCACUGUAC